CUAAGGGUAGUCAUCACAUGAGCUGCUUAGGGAGAGAUCGCUAAGCAAAAUAAAAUGGAAAAUCUACUAGAAUCAAGAAUGGUGGAUCCCUGUUCAGUUGGAGUCCAGCUUCGUACCACAAAUGAGUGUCAUAAAACAUACUAUACUCAUCACACAGGUUUCAAGACUUUGCAAGAAUUGUCAUCAAAUGAUAUGCUUUUACUUCAACUUAGAACUGGAAUGACACUUUCUGGGAAUAAUGCAAUCUGCUUCCAUCAUGCAAAAAUUUACAUUGACAGAUUUGAAGAUUUGCAGAAGUCAUGUUGUGACCCAUUUAACAUACACAAAAAACUAGCCAAAAAAAAUUUGCAUGUAAUUGAUUUAGAUGAUGCCACUUUCCUGAGUGCAAAAUUUGGAAGGCAGCUUGUACCUGGGUGGAAGCUUUGUCCAAAAUGUACACAGAUAAUCAAUGGAAGUGUGGAUAUUGAUUCUGAAGACCGUCAGAGAAGAAAACCUGAUUCAUGUGGAAGAACUGCUAAAGCUUUAAGGUCAUAACAGUUUACAAACCCAGGAAAGCAAACUGAAUUUGCUCCAGAAACUGAUAAAAGAGAAAAAAGAAGGCUUACAAAAAAUGCAUCAGCUGGUUCAGACAGACAAGUGAUACCAGCAAAGAGUAAGGUCUAUGUUAGCCAGGGUCUCCUGAUUUUCAGUGGGAUGGAUCUCUGUGACUGCCUUGAUGAAGACUGCUUAGGAUGUUUCUAUGCUUGUCCUGCUUGUGGUUCUACCAAAUGUGGAGCUGAAUGCCGUUGUGACUGCAAGUGGCUGUAUGAGCAAAUUGAAAUAGAAGGAAGAGAAAUAAUUCAUAAUAAACAUGCUGGAUUCUGCCAGUGAUUGGUCACCUUGCAUCUGUUAUUCAGUUAACACACAGACAGCAAAGUGUGCAGUUGGAUUGUCUCCUUGUUACCCAUCUGACAUUUUACAAAGUGGAUAAUUGAAAGAGAAAAUUGUCCAGCAAACAAAGGUGAAAGUGCAGCAAAGAAAUGAAAAGUUAACACUGGAAGUGAAGUUGAAUCCAACAUGAAAGGAAUUAGAGAAGAUAUAGCUGAUCAUGGAAAUGUUGACACUGCUGCCAUUGGAGAGACUCUAGAUAUGCAGCCAGAGGAACUUAAUGAAGGCAUGUUUAUCAGCAUAAAUGAGGAAAGUGGUUGUGAUGAAAGGAUGAAUAUGUUCCAGAGGAAGUGGUGCUGACAAAAAAACUUCACAUUAAAGGAAACUCUCAGAAAUAUUUCACAAGAUUGAAAGUACAAAAUAUAAAACGUUGGAAACUGAUCCAAACUUAAAAGAAGUAUGAUAGUUCGCCAAAGUAUAGGAAAGAUGCUCACUCAAUAACCAUAAGAUAUUCAGUAAAA